GUGCCUUGACCCACGGUAAUCCCGUUAAGAUGGAAGCUGGUUGUGGUUCCGUGAAAGCUGAAGCUUCGGUUUCGAUCGCAGCUGGAUGUGAUCCUAUGAAAGUAGAUGGCUUGGUGAAGAUGGAAGCUGGUUUUGAGUCUGCAAGAGUCGAAGCUCCGGUUGGCUCGCUGAAGAUGGAACCUGGUGGUGGCUUCUCCAAGAGACUGAAGUUGCCGGGUACUCGACGUCCAGGGGAUGCUGGAUUCGUGUUGGCGAGUUCGUGGCCUUCAAUUUUCCCAAGCCUGAAGCCGAAAGUAAGAAGAAGUUCUUUAAGCACAAGGGGUUCGGCCGAAAGCGAGCUCCGACAUUGUAAGGUUCUUGACAAAAGCUUCAGGAGAGAUAGGACGGCUUCCAGCCGACUGGUCCAAGUGUUUGAUACCUUUGGGAAGUGCAAAAUGGCACCAGAGGCUCUUUCUCUUAUGAGCAGCAUAGUUCUCCAUUUGAGAGUUUAUAUCAACAAGUCAGAAGCCUUACGAGGAGGGGGUUGAGCGCGGAUUGAAGCUUCUGCAAGCUAUCUUGAAGCCGUUAAUGCUUCGAAGAACAAAACAAAAGAUUCACAAGUUGGAUUCACAGACCAAUUCUUGUUCUCCAACCGGCUCAAUGUCAGGUUAUUGAAUGCAAACUAUCUGAGCCUGAACGUGAUUUUUAUGAUGCCCUUUA